CAUUUCCCACUUCCUUUUCCUUGUCUACUUUGUAUUCUCUGUUACCAUUCACUUUUUGAGGUUAAUUUAUAUUUUUUUGUUAUAUUAAUAAGAAAGAAUUAUAAUUUAUAAUUUUUUUUUAAUAAUUUUUUAAUUAUUUAAAUUUUAAAUAUUAAAUUAUACAUAAUAAAUAUUCAUCAAAUUUCAUAAAGAUAUAACUCGAAAAAUAAAAUGGUGACAAGUAAAACUAUCAUACAGAUUACAUAGCUCAACAACAAAGUCAGCAGCUAGUUUUACUGUCUCCGUUUUACGGCAAUGUCACUGAUCACUCCUCCGACGAUGAAGAUAGACGUAAGAGUGAAAAAACAGGCUUGUCUCUACACAAUAAUCAAGGUAGCUCGUGAUGAAGACCUCGGUGAACAAAUUGGGAAGGAUAUUUAUUUUGAUCUUGUGGACCAUGAUAAAGUGCGUUCUUUUCGUAUUCAGAAACAGAUGUCAUUUAGUCAAUUCAAGGAAGAAGUUGCUAAGGCAUUUGGUAUACCAGUGCAAUUUCAACGUUACUGGCUAUGGGCAAAACGCCAGAACCACACAUAUCGGCCUAAUCGUGCAUUGACAGCUCUAGAGGAAAUUCGACCUGUUGGUGAACUGAGAGAGGUUUCCAAUAAAUUGAACAACGAUGAGCUAAAACUUUUUCUGGAAGUAGAAUUAUGCCUGGAUUUGCGACCUUUAUAUCCACCAGGGAAGACGACCAGGGAAGAAAUUCUUCUAUUUUUAAAACUUUAUGACCCUCUGAAAGAGAGGAUUAGGUAUGUUGGACGGCUUUUUGUGAAAGGAAGUGGUAAGCCGCUGGAGAUAUUGGCAAAACUAAAUGAGUUGGCUGGCUUUUCGUCUGAUGAAGAAAUUGAACUUUUUGAGGAAAUAAAAUUUGAACCGAAUGUGAUGUGUGAACAUAUUGACAAGAAUCUGAGUUUCCGUCGUUCUCAAUUAGAAGAUGGGGAUAUUAUUUGCUUUCAGAAAUCCCUUCGGAAGCAAGGGAAUGAACAAUGUCGCUUUCCAGAGGUCCCUUCAUUUUUGGAAUACGUGCACAAUCGCCAGGUUGUUCGGUUUCGUUCAUUGGAGAAACCCAAGGAGGACGAGUUCACUCUGGAGUUGUCAAAGCUGAACAACUAUGAUGAAGUUGUUGAAUGCUUAGCUCGCCAUCUUCUUUUGGAUGAUCCAUCAAAAGUAAGACUUACAUCACAUAACUGCUACUCACAGCAGCCAAAGCCUCAGCCAAUAAGGUAUCGUGGAGUUGAUCGUCUCACAGAAAUGCUGAGUCACUAUAAUCAGAGGUCAGAUAUCUUAUAUUAUGAAGUCCUGGAUAUUCCUCUCCUGGAGCUGCAGGACUUAAAAACUCUCCAAGUUAAUUUUAAUCAUGCUGACAAAGAUCAAGUGACUAUCUAUACUGUCAGAUCUCCAAAACAAAGUACCUUAGGCGAUGUUCUUAAUGCCGUGAAAACUGAGGUUGAAUUGUCACGUUCGGAUGCUGAACUAAGAUUGCUGGAAAUUUUUUACCACAAGAUAUAUAAGAUUUUUCCCCUUGAUGAAAAGAUUGAGAAUAUAAAUGAUAAAUACUGCACACUACGUGCGGAGGAGAUUCCUGAAGAGGAGGAAAACCUGGAUCCUCAUAGUCGCUUAAUUCACGUUUAUCAUUUUAUGAAGGAUACAACUCAAAAUCAAGCACAAAUACAGAACUUUGGUGAGCCCUUUUUACUGGUUAUUCAUGAGCAUGAGACAUUGACUGAAGUUAAAGCUCGCAUUCAGAAAAAAUUGCUGGUUCCACAUGAGAAGUUUUCAGAGUGGAAAUUUGCAUUUGUUUCCCUAGGUCGUCCCCAUUACCUUCAAGACACUGAUAUAGUGGCCAGCUGUUUUCAGAGAAAAGAUGUGUAUGGUGCUUGGGAGCAGUACCUUGGAUUAGAGCACACUGACAAUGCUGCCAACCAGGUCAUUGAUAGUUAUCAGGAGCAAAAUGGGGUAGCGGACUUGCUUGCGAAGGAGCAGCUGGAAAUCACUUUCUGAUCAUUUUGUUUAUAUACUAGUUCCUCCUGUGAAGCUAUGGAAGUUUACUAGUCAAAGCAGACAUAUUAGGAACUACUUGUGUUAGCAAGUUACUGGAUAAUCCUACUACUUUAGUUGAUGACACUUCGCGUGAAUCUAGGUCCACAAUGCCUCCAUGUUUUGUUGUGUCGCAUAUUAAUACAUAAGACUAUCGUUUUACUACCCAAAAAGAAGUUAAUCCAAAAUUGCUUGAUAACAAAA